CUUUGAGUUGAAUUAAAAAAGCAAAAAAGACCAAAGACUAAACUCAAAAAUUAUAAUAUCCCGGUAAAAUGUUUUGGCAAACGGGCUGGGGAGCGAGCUUAGUGCUCAGUGCGUUUCUUCUUCUACACGUUGACAAUUCCUUGGGAUGGAAGCCAAUCGCAUCAGCUGGCAGUCCUAUAACAUCCUAUAGCUUAAAGCAAUCACAUCCAGGCGAGGCCAGCAGCAGCCACGAGCUGGCCACCAGCUAUGCCCAAUUCGGUGACCCAAAGGAGGAGGACGAUCUACUAUUGACGCGUGCCGCUUUGAUAAAUGGAGUUGAGUCCUCUCAUCCCCUUACAUUAGCUGACGAUCACGAGAAUCAUUAUGACUCAUAUAGCUUGAAGGAUGAAGUUAUUGAGGAGCCUACAGUUAGCUUCCCGCGCUCUAACCUCUACGCCUCCGAUCGCUGCAGUGUCAAAAAGUUUGCAUUCAACCAAGACGGGGCAGUGGAGUAUAAUAACGAGCUACCCGAGUUGGACCAGUUCACGAUAUGUUUCUGGAUGCGUUUCACCAAUCACAGCGGCGAUCAUGUGAUGCUAACCUACGAAGUCGAAAAGGAACCACGCGAGAUACAAAUCUGGGUCGCGAAUGCGCAAAAUUCCAGUUUCCUAUCGAUGGCCAUAAAAGGUCAGCAAAUGUACAGAUUGAAUUAUCCGCUGCGUAUGCGGCAAUGGCAUCACAUGUGCAGCUCGUGGAAUGGCAAGACCGGCGAGUGGCAGGUCUGGCUGAAGGCAGAACGCAUUGGACGUGGGUUCCAUAACUCGCUGGUAGGCCAUAAAAUACCCGCGAAGGGAAAGCUACGGUCGGGUGGUAGUUCAAUAACUGGGCAAGUAAGUCAUGGCCUCCACUUUGAAGUAACGCUCGUGCAAAUUUAUCGGGUGGCUUUAAGCGCGGGAAAGGCACAUCGAGAUCACAAGCACCACCAUGUGCACCACUUUGAUCACGAGGGUCAGGAGGUGUCCAGCACAGCGCGUGCUCCACCCAUGGUUCGUAUAGUUACAGAGAUUCCACAGCUAAUCCUUCAGCUAAUACCAUGCACAAACUGCUUAUCUCAGAUCAAUCGACCACAGCCAAUGCACUCGCUGUUGGCCAGUGGACAAAUUCCAACCAGAGUUCGCAUCAAUCUGGCCAACUCAAUGCCCACGCAGAAGCCAUUGAACGGCGUGGCUGAUCAAGCGAUUACAGUGAACACAAAUUUUGUCAAUGGACAAAUUAAUGCUGGCUCUCGAUUGGUAGCACAGCAGCUGCUCGGCAUCUCGCCCAUACCCCAAGGAAGGGCCACGGCCCAAAAUGAGCCUAUAACGGGACGUUUCCAGAUGCUAAGCAACUCAGCGAAUGUCCAAUUCAUAGAUGAAACAGAGACGCACAUACAGUUUAAACGAGAGGCAGCUAAAGAGCGAAAGGUUCAAAAGCGUGGCUUAGUCUUACUUGACGAUGGGUCCGUGGUGGAUGAUGGCCAACUGGAUGGUAACAGCGAGUCAUUUAGCAAGUACAAUGGCUUGGCCGACUUUGGUGGUCAGCAGUUCAAGCAGGAUUUGACUUUGAAGAUGACUCUGGAGGAGGAGAUCAGCACACACGAUCGCGAACCAGCUGAGGAGGAGGUCAAGGCCGUUAUGGGCUUCUGCAGCAACUGCGACCCAGAGCCCUUCCAAGGUGCUAUCGUCUUCGCCUGGAAGGAUGUCAACGAGCAUAUGAAUAACACUCUGAAAGGCCUCAGCGUGGGCGACUGCGGCAAUUUCUAAUACCUCCCGCUCAAUCACCCACUCAGUCAGCAGUUAAUCCUGUCCAGCUAAAGGUACUCUUAAACAGGGUGCUGCAUAUAACGCUUAUUGUACAUACAUACAUACAUUGUUUUGUUUGUUUUUUGUUUUUUUUUUUUUG